UCUCGUCUGUUUCUUUUGGACAUGUGAUUAGCGUAAGCGCCUGUCGGUGGCAGUUGCCGGCGCGCUGCGGCCGCGUUCACACUUGGACGGAGAUCGGCAUCGCCAAAAACCAACUAUUUUCCAUAUUGAUAGAUUUUCCGUGUGAGUGGUUCGGUAUAUAUCACAGCUAACUCUGUGUCUAUCUUUACGUUAUUGUCGCAUCUGCGACGGCGGGGGGCGGGUCUGUAUAAAUCUAUGUGUUUGUGGAUGUGUGAUAAGUGUGUAUGUUGCUCGGAAUUGCCGAGGGCCGGUGCAGUGCAAACUGGCGGCUUCUUCGGACGCGAUGUUGAGCUGCGCCUCGGCUCCACGUACGGCUACCUGCCGAGGACGUGAGGCACUUAGGAAUCACCCGGGACCGUUAAAAAUCGAUGACGCUUUUGACUCCAGUACCUAUGAUUUACUGUUUCCUCAUCAGAGCGGUAGCACCAAUGCUAAUAAUCUCAACAUUCUCCAGAGCAGUAGUUCAAAAUCACCUGUAAGGACAACGGUGUAUCGUCGCUACCGAUCCACCGCGGGUGAUGAGCCCGUGCAGGAGGAGCUAUGCCUCCAGGGAAACGUUCUUGUACUCACAGAAGUCAAAGCAGACAUACAACGAACACUGAAGACGUUUACACUAUCCGAAGGACGUAAUGAGGUAUUCUGGGCGAAGUAUUGCACUAAUGACAUCAAGUCACGUGCUGUUCUCAAGGUGAACCUUGAACAGGCGUCGAUACAUCUCAAGCGGAUCAACUGCAUAUCAGCAUUGAAUUCUCGCAGUAAGUUGCUGCACACAUUCAGUAGCGAUGGUAAAGACUUUGUUACACAUGUACCAUUUGACGUACAACGCAUUUGGCCAACGGAUAAAGGCGUCUUGUUGGAGAGAGUGGCUUCAAGGGAUAGCAAAGCUCCAAAAAUCUUCUCUUUGUUCCAUCCACUGGAUGAAUUGGCGCCCGUAGAGAUCGUCUAUACGCCUCACAGAAAAAUCAUUCAACACGAUGGUGUCAGCAUAUGCUUCAGUUCGGAAAACAGCGAAUAUGUGGUAAUCUACAAUAGCCGCGAGCUUGUCCAUUCCGUAUGUCGAUUACGACUGGCGAGCUCCGCUGAGUUACAUGGCGGGCUCAAAAUGAAAGAUACGUUGAGUUUACAACGUGUAAACAGCCCCGCCUUUUUUUCUUCGACGCCAGUUGUGUCGCCCGCUAAUCAGUCCACACCAGUUCCUUCAUAUCCGCUCCGAAGUCGCCUUACAGACACUCCAAAAAGUCGUUCAAAUCACAGCCCAGGACUAAUGCGUGUACAGCAAAAGUCUACACCAUUGAGAAGCACUCCAAUUAGAACGCCUGUUCGAAGUGGAUCAAGCAGCCACUUUUCAGUAUCAACACAAAACCCUGACCUUUUAAGUGCCACAUUUUCAGUGCCUGGAUUCAAUCGAACUUCUAUGUCAUCAUCUAUGUUAAGCCGUCUUAAUGCAAACAUCACAGUCAUCUCAGAACCAGUUCUUUCAGAUUUGACUCUCGAUGUAAUAUUUAUUGAUAAAUUGGUUGUGCCCAAUUCAACAGAAAAAGUGCGCAUCGUUGAUGACCUCCUUGGAAACCAAUAUAUUGUUCUGUACCUGGCUUCGAUGAAGAAGCUGCGUCUCUUUAAAUUGUCAUCGGGAAACUUUGCACCCGCUGGUGAGAUCGUGGCCUACGACUUUGAGCACGUUGAGUCGCUUAAGAUGAUGCUUGUAAUGACAUCCGCUGAGGGUCACCUAUUUCUGUACAGUGGAACAACACAACUGUGCGCAGUCAAUAACCCUUUAAUGUCGUCUUCACCACUAAUGCAGACCCGAAGAUCUCGGGGCUCCAGCUCAAAUGAUCUCCUUCGUUCGCCCGUUAAUGUUGCUUACCAGUUUAAGUCAGCUGGCGCUGAUGUGGUGUAUAUCCAGGACGUUAGAGAAAAUAAAGAGUAUGUGCUUACUUUACCGCGCGCAAAAUCAUGCGAAACAGUUAAGAAUUGUAUUGAAGGUUUAGAACAGUUACUAGAGCCAGAGAUGGUUCUACUAAUAAAAUCUAAAUGGUUUCUUACCAAGAACUCUAUGGACGGCAAGACUCCUGCCAAAGAGCUACAGACAUUCAUGUCCAUGCUAUUUCAACUUGUCGGUUUUGAAAUUGAAGAACCCAGUUUGUCUAAACACAAGAGACAACGAACAGAGUCGGACGAUGAGGAAGAUUGGCAGUUCUUAGUGAAUUUCAAUAGUCUACGGGUUGGUACGCCCGGCUUCAAGUUCAACAAUGUGCUCAGUCCACUUUGUUAUCAUAUCUUAUUUGCUCUACACAUUGUAUAUGAAGAUCUCAAGGUUAACAGUGUUUUAGGAGAACAUUGUAGGGUUAUGGCAGAGUAUUUAUGCCGACUUGCUUCGUCACUGGCGUUGUGCUCUUACCGUGAUUACUAUCUCCGCGAUUUUCCUACAAUGAAGAAUGUCAAGGCUCUUAAGCAGCCUGAAAGAGGCCUGAGAAACAUUCGCAUGCCAGACUUUUUCGAGACUGAACCGCCCAGUUUUAUGAAGUUCAUUUUGAGUGCGUUAGCGGGCAACUCUGCAGGAAAGGUGUUUCCGUGUCUGGCCGGCGUGACUAGUAACAUUCAGUGGGCAAUCCAGGUGUUCGGAUCACUUAUUGCUGGAGGAGAGAUGGCCUAUAAGCAUUUGCCUGCAAUAAGAGUGUGGAAGAGCAGCCCGGCAAACCUUGUCGAGACUCUGUCAUCACCCGAUGUGUCUAAACUCAACGUACGGCUAGGUUACCGCUUUAUGUUCAGCAAUCUUAUUCAGAAGUUAACUGAGCGGUGUACACACGACUUUAACGAGGAAUUGUAUUCGCUUCUCGGACGGAGAGAUCUGGCGAAACAGGUCAAAAAAGUACAUCUGUCGGGGAAAGCUAAACCACACUCGUUCGUAUCAUUACCCACCGAAGGAACAAAAGGAGGAGAAGGUUUUGAGAAUUUGUUUCACCCUAUGCUAGCGCUACGUUUCGGUGAAGAUUAUCGUAUUAAAGAGGUGUGCUCGAUGUUUGCGACAUCGACCCCAGUCACAAUCAAUAUUCAGCAGGGAGCUGACAUGAGCGAUCAUGAUUUCGCCGAGGAGCAAGAACGCCAUUUAUACAGUCUGUGUAUUCGAACACUGGCGCUGCCUCUAGGCCGUGGAAUGCUCACACUUGACUCGAUCCACCCCAUCAUCAGUGAACCUAUUGCUAUUCCGCACUGUGAUCUCACUGGACGAGUUCCACCUAAAAAUACUGUGAUUGAAAUGAAGAACAUCGAGACGCCACCGAAUAUGACACAGUGGCCUUUGUUCCAUAAUGGCGUCGCUGCCGGGCUACGAGUGGCUAGAAACGCCAAAAACGUGACGAGCGCGUGGAUAGCUUUAAACGAGACGUAUCAAGAGAUGAAUGCAGACACAAACAGUGGAAAUAGUAACAACAGCAAUAAUGGUGGUGUUUUAGAAUUCGGCGGUUUUAUGCUAGGCCUAGGCCUUUCCGGACACCUUGCUGCACUAAACCCCGUAUUCAUAUGCGAGCUACUCCGUAAACGUAACGCAAUCAUGAGUGCAGGCGUACUUCUUGGUUUAGGGGCAUCGAAAAAGGCGACGAUGAGUCAAGAAGCCACGAAUCUAAUAGCAAUCCACAUCGAUGCGCUUCUUCCGUCGACAUCGACGGAGCUUGAUGUCUCUGCCGAGUGUCGUGUUGCCGCCAUUUCUGCCCUUGGUCUGCUCUAUUUAGGGUCAGGCCAUCAACAUAUGUGCGACGUGUUACUCAGCGAGAUAGGCCGUCCUCCUGGACCAGAAAUGGAGCACUGCAUUGAUCGAGAGAGUCAUUCUUUAAGUGCUGGUAUUGCAUUGGGGAUGGUGAUGCUCUGUAAAGGUGCGGAUAGUUCUCAGGUAAUGCAAAGCAAAUUGAGUAACACACUAUACAACUAUAUGGUAGGCGGUCCAAUUCAGGGGGAUGCGAAUCGAACACACCGCUCGCCCAGUUAUCAGAUUCGCGAGGGAGACCAUAUAAAUAUAAGUGUCACUUCUCCUGGAGCCACCUUGGCUCUUGGAUUGAUCUAUCACGCAACGGAGAACCAAAACAUUGCCUCGUUAAUGAGCGUGCCUGAGACGCAAUAUCUAUUGGACUCUGUGCAGCCAGAUUAUCUGCUCCUAAGAACGCUAAGUAAAGGUCUUAUUUUAUGGUCUCGGGUGUCACCUACUAAGGAGUGGGUGGAAAGCCAUCUCACCCAAUUUAUCAAGGAAAACGCUUUUAAGAGGCCCUCAGAAAAUAGCCCACUAGACACUAUUGAUUAUGAAGGCGCCACUCAAGCAUACUGUAAUACCUUAGCUGGAGCGUGCUUCGCCCUUGGGCUAAAGUUUGCAGGGUCUGGAAACAAGGAUGCUUUUAAAACACUGAUGCAUUAUACAAUGAUGUUUUACGACAUCCAAAAACAACCGGCAGCUGAACAGGCAGGCAAAAACACGAUUGAAACCAGUUUAUUGGUAUGCUUGCUUGCCUGCAGUCUUGUCAUGGCAGGAACGGGUGAUCUGGACGUGCUUCGACUCUGUCGGGUUCUUCGGAAGAGGAUCGGCCAGAGCACCAAUUGCGUGUUCUACGGCAGUCAUAUGAUGAUUCACAUGGCUAUUGGAUUUCUAUUUCUAGGAGGCGGAAGUCUCACGCUAUCCACAAAGCCUGAGGCUAUUGCCGCACUUGUGUGCGCCCUCUACCCAAAAUUUCCGACCCACUUUUCGGAUAAUCGUUACCACCUCCAGGCUUUGCGUCACCUGUACGUAUUAGCUGUAGAGCCCAGACUUCUUGUAUGUCAUGAUGUUGUGUCGAAUAAGUUGGUCAAAUCAAAGAUCAAGGUUUCUCUGAAGGGCAAAGGUGAAAGUGAAGAAAUGUUGGCACCCUGCAAUCUACCUCCAUUCGAAUUUAUAGACACUGUCACUGUUGACGACGAACGCUAUUGGAAGGUCGAAUUCCGUGAAAAAAAUAUGCACCUCCUGAAGGAGGUCCUCCAGAAUCGAUCGUUUGUUUAUGUGAAACAAAAGGCCGGCUGUCUUUCAUACGUUGAGGACCCACAAGGAUACCGAACAACGCUCGCCCAGUGCCAUAUCAAGGAAGCCCUGCGCGGUCGUAACGUGGAAAAUCGACUUCAGCACCUCGAAAGCUUCUCAAACACUCCAAUGGUAGCGAAGUUCGUGGAAAACCUGCUUCUGCCUGGCGCGACGCGAGACCAGGUUCAAGAAAGACUCUGCACAAUCGUUAUGGAGUGUGCAGCUGAUGAACAGAUGGAACUUUUACCGAUUCUCACCGACUUAAUGUCACUUCGACUCGAACCCGACUGCACAUUUAACCUGCAGCAGUUCAAGAUGAUUAACGAAUUUUUGGCGUAUUCGUUCCAGAAGCAGAUUUCUAUCUGUGGAGAGAAUGUUGUACGCGAGCUCGUGGCCGAAGUAGAAUCACAGUUAGAAGGUUUCAAGGGGACGGGCAGCACUACCCACUCUACAAUCAAUAAUGCCUCAUACGAAGUGUGGUACGGUCGCCGACCAGAGCAGGUCCCUAGAGGGCUUCCGGCACUCUUCCUGCAGCUUAAGGAUUCAGAAAUGUCGCUUAGCGCAAUUGUCAAACUGUACAAUUCGUUGGCAGAUUCCUGAUUUUCAAUCCGUUUACAAAAAUACCAUACAAAUACAUUUUGUACAGUUGUAGUCACCAAAUCAAAUGGAGUUACACGAAUGGAAUUUCAUACUUGGUGUAAUUGGCGGUUUUUAGCUUCCUAGUAAAAGAUGUCAUGUAAAUUAGCAGAGCUUUUGUCUAAUCGCGGAACAUAGGGAAGAGUUUGGUCAUGGUGUUUGUGGGUGGCAAGUGCAAAUGCUGACAGUGGCAAACUAAGUUUGUAGUGGGCACAAGUGGGACUUGAUGGAAUCAAAAAAUCUGUAUAUGGGAAACGCAGAGCUUAAUAUUGUUGUUGAUAUCGAAUCUCCCUGUUAAAUAGUAGCAGUAAAUAGAUGUGUAAAUAAUUUGUAUUUGCCUGAUGUAUUUUGUAAUUCUCUUUACAUAGGAAGAAAUAUAUAAAUAAUAAUAAUAUUAAUAGUUAUAAUUUAUUACUAGAUUUCGUGUGACAAAAUUGUUUAUGUUUAUAUUUUGAUUUAUCCAAGAAAAACUCGUAAGAUAUUAAAAGAUGACUCCUCUUUAUUGCUAUAUUUAGUGAAGGAACCGAUUCCGAAUUUGAAAGCGAUGUAGAAAAAUGCUUACAGAGGAGCGGUUAUAAACACUAUAUAUAGUGUUCUCUGUAAUUAUGUAUAAAUAUAAAUAUCUCCCAUCUCUCCAUCAAAUGAUAUAUAUCCUCUUUGUCACGAAACAGCGGGUUUCAUCUGAGGGAAGCUUUUCAACCACGGUUUGAGUUUUUGAUCCGUGUUGAAGGUAGGGCCACGAAGGUAAUUGCCCAAUGAAUAGGAAAGGCAGAAGUCUGUUGGUGCGAACAAUGAGAGUGCAAUAAAAUCUCUCAUUCGAAGUUGGAGAGAGGAACUUUGACGAUGUUUACUGCGUGUGGCUUCGCCUUGGUAUACAGCCGGAUGGCCUAAUUUCGUACAUCGGGCUUCUUUACUGAAUAGCCUUGUUGACACGAUGCAGCUGGACCAAAUCAACGCACCGAUCAAUUAGCUAACUCGUAGGAAAUAACCAGUAACCAGUGAAUCAGGCUUUUGCAGUUCCAUAAAGAUUUUUGUCGUGCGUCCUACUUCAAAGGUCCUCCACAUGGUGGUCAUCAAACUUAGCUGAUCGACCUGAACGGCGUCCAUUCUUCAGGUUCCGGUACUGUUUUCAAACUUAGUAAUCUGCUCUUGAGCAUUGUUUUAGUGAUGGCAUUAUCACCAUACACAACGCAAAUAUCCCUAACUGUUUCGUCGGUAUUUUGGUGUCAGUUCCGAAACCCACACUUUUUUCACCUGGAACAUCCAUCCUUGAGAAGACCUUUCGAGCUGAAAUUGGAUUCUUAACAUAGUAUUAUUCCAGCACGAUGAUAGAGCAGGAAGAGCGUUUUCGAUUGAUUUAACAGCAAAACAGGAGAAAUCAGAAAGUUUUUUUUUAAAAUGCGGAACUUAUUUUUCAGCCUAGUGCACAAAAUAGUUUCCUCAACAUUCCAUACCAAAUAUACCAAGAUCUUGAAAUUUGGCGGCUGCACAUCUCAAACGGUCUAAAUAAUAUAAAACCUAUACUAUUGUUGUUAUUAUUGUAGUACUGUAUUGUCGUCAUUUGUCCAUAUUAUGUUUCAGGAUCACCAUACGAGGUAUUUAUUCAGUGUUGUAAAGGUUGA